AUGGUGAACUCACUUAAAGUUCCUGAAGUUUCAACUAUUCCGGUUUGGGUAACCCUCAAAAAUGUUCCAGAUUGUUGCUACUCAAGAUUAGGCCUCAGCCAUGUUGCAUCAGGACUUGGUGAGCCUAUGAAAACGCACAAACCUCGCCUUGAUCCGACUUGUUUGGGAGAAGCAAAGCUACUGGUUGAAGUAGAACUUGAUAAGCCCUUCCCAAAGCAAAUUGCCUUAGAUGACAAACAAGAUCAAGAGAUGGUACAAGUUGAAACUUCAGAAAUGGAAACCCAAGCUGGUGUUGAGCAGGUUCUUUCAACGCGACCACACUUCCCUGCUCACUUUCCAAUAGCUACUACUCAGAAGGAUAACUCUACUGUGUCUCACUCAUCUUUGGAUGCAAAAUUUAUUCCAGCCGCUACAAUAGCAGGUUCAUCAUCUGCUCCCACUUUCCACCAAAUUAUGGACAAUGUUCCAUCAGAUAUUAUCAGUGAGGAUAUUAAACUCUCAGGAAAUGAUCCUUUAACCAUGACCCUUCUUUCACCUGAAUCCAACCAAGAGCUUGGUGAUAUAGAGAGUGAUUUCUGUAUUACUGAACAAAUGAAUGAAUUUGGAAGUAUGACAAGAAGCGGUAGGUUGGUUAAGCCUACACAAAAAUAUGGAAAUGAAUGGUUCACAGUUCAUGGAAAAGGGAAACGAGGUCGUAGGGGUCGAAGUUCCUAA